AAAUCGACUUCGUACUCGCAAAUCGGACAGAAAAAUACCGAUGAUUAAAGUUAAUAAUAGUUAAAAAACCAAUAUUAUCUGCUUGCUGUAUGACAAUUUAGGGACAAAACGCGUACGCAAUGAUAAACAAAAGUUGAAGUGAAACACAACAAACGAAAUAACAAUAAUUUUAUAUUAUUUGCGAGGCUGGUGUCUGCAAAAAAAUUGUGCGAGAGAGAAAGUGACGAGCAGAAGAAAUACCAAUCAUUUUUGAUAUUCGCAAAAAAAUACAGAAAAAAGCAGAGGAGGUGGUUUCAAAACCUUUCGUGGCUGGAUUAUUAGAAAGUUAACAACAAGCACAGAAACAAUUUCCAUCGAACGGCUAAUAAAACAAAUAUUUUGGAAGAAACAUUAAUUGUUCAGUGAAUACAUAGCUGCUGCUGCUGCUGUGCUUCUACUCCAAAAAAGGUGGUGAGAGGUGAAAGAAGGAGAAGUAGGAGAAAAAAAACGAAGAUUUUCCUUGAGUUGAGGUGGAGGUGGAGUAGUCGAAAAAUUUGCUUGUGACAGGAAUAAUGUCUUCAAAUAAUCAAACAUCUGCCUCGCAAGGCAAUCAAAGUGCAUCUGGACAAGGAUCCACAAGUACCGAUCAGCAAACACCAACAGGCCAGUCCAGUCAAGACAGUCCAACGCGCAGUAGCCUAAGACCCGCAACUAACACGACGGAUCGUGUUGUCGACAAUGUGCCAUUUCCACCUAGUCAUAAACUGACGAUGUCCGAGGUGUUUCCGGAUCCACGCACAGGUAAACCCAACCAUGAGUUGUUGAAACAGCAUUUCAUUUUAGAGGGACGCAUCGAAGAGGCGCCAGCACUACGAAUCAUACAAGAAGGAGCAGCAUUAUUGCGCCAAGAGAAGACAAUGAUCGACAUAGAGGCCCCAGUAACAGUGUGUGGAGACAUCCACGGCCAGUUUUAUGACCUUAUGAAGUUGUUCGAGGUGGGAGGAUCGCCCGCUACCACCAAAUAUCUUUUCUUGGGAGAUUAUGUAGACCGAGGCUACUUCAGCAUUGAAUGUGUCCUCUAUUUGUGGUCCCUAAAGAUCACCUAUCCCAACACACUCUUCUUAUUACGAGGCAAUCAUGAGUGCCGUCAUCUUACCGAGUAUUUCACCUUCAAACAGGAAUGUAAAAUUAAAUACUCUGAACGUGUCUAUGACACAUGCAUGGAGGCCUUUGACUGUCUGCCCUUGGCUGCUUUAAUGAAUCAACAAUUUUUGUGUGUGCACGGUGGCCUGUCGCCUGAAAUUCACGAAUUGGAUGAUAUUAGGAGAUUGGAUCGUUUUAAGGAACCUCCUGCCUUUGGACCUAUGUGUGAUUUGCUUUGGUCCGAUCCGUUGGAAGAUUUCGGCAACGAAAAUAAUGCCGAUUUUUAUACACACAAUUCGGUUCGAGGCUGCUCAUACUUCUACAGCUAUGCAGCUUGUUGUGAUUUUCUGCAAAAUAAUAAUUUGCUUUCGAUAAUAAGGGCGCACGAAGCCCAAGAUGCAGGCUAUCGCAUGUACAGGAAGAGCCAGACGACUGGAUUCCCCUCGCUUAUAACAAUCUUCUCGGCACCAAAUUAUUUGGAUGUGUACAAUAAUAAAGCGGCUGUUUUAAAAUACGAAAACAAUGUUAUGAAUAUUCGCCAAUUUAACUGCUCGCCCCAUCCCUAUUGGCUUCCCAAUUUUAUGGACGUGUUUACUUGGUCGCUGCCAUUCGUGGGCGAAAAAGUGACCGAGAUGUUGGUCAAUGUAUUGAAUAUUUGCUCCGAUGAUGAACUCAUGACAGAGGAGAGUGAAGAGCCUCUAUCCGACGAUGAGGCUGCCCUACGAAAAGAAGUUAUACGCAAUAAAAUACGUGCCAUUGGCAAAAUGGCUCGUGUAUUCUCAGUAUUACGUGAAGAAUCUGAGUCGGUAUUGCAACUGAAGGGUCUGACACCCACUGGAGCCCUGCCUUUGGGCGCAUUAUCCGGUGGCAAACAAUCGUUGAAAAAUGCCAUGCAGGGUUUCUCACCCAAUCACAAAAUCACCUCGUUCGCCGAAGCCAAGGGCUUGGAUGCUGUUAAUGAACGUAUGCCUCCGCGACGCGACCAACCACCUACACCCACAAUUGAAGAGCAACAGCAACAUCAUCAAAAUCAAACUGGCAAUGCUAGCACAGCAUCAGGUAGUACUAACAAUAAUAACGUCUCUCAUAGUGGGUAAUCAUUAGGUCAUUAAGCAAUAAUUAGAUACCAAGAUACCACAGUAAACACAACAACAACAACAACAGACGAAAUCAAUCACACACACACAUAUAUGUAAACGUUACAAAUAAUAAACACAAUACAAAGGAUACCAGAAGAUAAUAUUCGAAAAGGAAAAACAAAACAAAACACAAAGGAUAUACCUAUUUGUUACAAAUAAUAACAAAUCAAGUUUUCCUGUCUAAAUUAGUUUAUACAUUUUGGACUGAAUGCAAUUAAAAGAAACCUCCAUAUGCAAAACUAUUCGAAUGCAUUAAUUUUCGCACUCAUCAGUAAUCAUAAAGGAUAUACAAAUCGAUGGUAGACAAAGCUAUUUAUAUUUCAUAUUUCCCCAUAUUGUUGCAAUCUGCUGAUCUGGCAAACAAUUUUAAAAAUGCUGAAAUUUUAAACUAUUUGAAUAUGUUUUAAGCGAAAAAUUAGAUUCUAUGACCCUAUUUGCUAUUGGAAAAUUUUCAAACUGUAAUAUUCCGCUCUGUCAGGAUUUGCAAAAAAAUAAGCAAGUUAUCACCUUCUCAGUGACUGAUAAUACAUUUUAUCAGAAAGUGUUUUGCUUUAUCUGUGAAAACUUUAAAGAAUUGUUUUUCAUUUGUACACAAUUGACUGCAUGCUUUAUGAUUCCGAUUUUGGUUAAUGACGUAGGGACAGACGUCAUUAGUGAAUGCCUAAUUUUAUAAUAUAUAAAGUCGAAAAAGAGAACGGAGUAUGUGAGCAUUAUUUAUUUACCUCUGUUGUUUUUAAUAGAAUUCAUUAAAGCGCCAAAGUUUGACAAACUUGUUGAGGCAAAAACAAUUCAAUAAAAUAGCCGGUUUAGUUUCUGUAGUUCUGUGGAGAUAGGCCUAUAUAUUUAUGCUGAUAAGUUUGUAAUGAGAAUCGUAUUCCAUUAACGAAACAUAUCAUCGCUUUCCAGAAAUUAUAUACUAUUUAUGUAAAAAUGUAAAUGUAUGUGCAUAUUUUAAUGUGGAACUUAUUAAGGCUUAAGAACUAACCUAAUACGAUUUUAUUUUUAGCGCAAUGGGCAAUAGGUCUUUUAUUAAAUACAGAAGGAGACAAGAUGGACACAUUUUUGUUCUCUUAAAAAGACUUUCCGCCCCUAUCUCUGUCCGUUCGGCUUAAGAUGAGUUUAGGGGCUAUGCUCGCAUUGACCUGAACAUUUUACCACGUGCAAGUCUUUUUAACCUGAUUGCGGCAAAGUAUUUUUCUGUGGGAAAAAUACCCGGUUAUUCGAAGUUUGAAUACCGGUUCUACAAAACUGGACUCUACAUUGUGGCCUACACUCUGGCCUUUCCAAAAUGGUGCCAUAUGUAUUGAUAUCUCUUGUAGAUAUUAGUGUUGUAAAUCAUGAAAUUGAGAUUAUCUACACUAAUUUGUAUCUAGCCUUUAUAGCUUUGUUCCGAAGAUAUUGACUUUUUAAGUCGAAUUCCGGCUACUUAAACAAAAAUAUAAAGUUCAUGUAGCCGGUGUUGGACAUGCCCCAGGGGAGAAAACUUCAAGCACCGGCCAAAGGCUGGCUACUCACAAAAAUUACAAUGUUUAGAAAAACUAUGGAUCACGUAGCCGGUGUUGGACAUACUCCCGGCCAAACGCCAGCUACUUUAAAAAGGUUAGACACUUAUUGCUAGAGAAAAUCUCAAUUUUAUGAUUUGCAUUACUAAUUGAUGUAUAGGUAUUUAAAUAAGCUUUUUAAUGAUACCCAUGUUGUAGAUAACGGUUUUGUAGAACCGGAUGUUGUAUCCGAACUUUCGGGUCAAAAAAAAAAAAAUACUUUCCCUUAAUCAAGUUAAAAAUACCCCCCUGCGGUAAAAAUUUCAAAAUGAUCCGAGCAUAUCCCCUUAACUCAAUUUGCUGCCGAAUGCCAUUGGUUUUAUAUUGGAAAUCGUUUCAAAUUUGUAAACAGCUUCCAUAUAUGUGUUUCGGCCGAUUACACAUUUACGAGUCUUUAAACCCGUAAUCGAUAUCCAUAAUAUUUGGUAUUGGACUGAAAAUAAACCUAUUUAUUGUAUUUGAAACUCCAGUCCCAAAUAUAUCUGCUAUCCAAGUUGAAAUUUAAACGGUACCUCUGUGAAUUAUCUAAAAUAUUGUACGACUAUUGUCCUUUUCUUACUGGUUUUUGUAUUCAAUUGUUCAAUUGUCCUUUCCUUACUGUUUUUGUAUUCAAUUGCCUUAAUUUUGCUUCCCUUUUCAAAUACCCAUGAACUUUGUCAUACCGAUUUUUCCAACGUUUUUUUUUUUUGUUAGUUUUCCUUUUUUAAUAUCCUAAGGCCUGUUUUCCUAUUGGCCAUAUAAACAAAGUGAAUGCAUUUUCCACUUGCAUUGCAUUCUACAACAACAACAACAUGUCUGUGCCUAAUUGGUCUGCAACAAAUAUCUCCACACAUUUGUUUGUGUCUGUGCCAAAAAAUGGUUAUGAUACUUCAACUCAUUUUAUUUACCUUCACCUUCUUUGUGAUAAAAGGAAAAAUAUAAUGCAAUACUACAAAGUGUUUAAGAAACGGCUGUUGUUUUUGUAUGCGCUAUGCACUAAUUCCUUUAUAUGUGAUUUAUAUCAUUUGACCUCAUACAUACAUAUUAUGGGUAAAGAUUUUAGUUCUAAGGAAUUCAUAGACAUUUGCAUGGGGUUCAAUUUUCACUCAAUGCAGCAUCAUUUGAUAGAGUAUUGCAAUUGUUGGAAACUUGUCGGCGAUUUGAUGUGAAAGUAUACGCGGGGUAAUAUUUCGAGUAUAGAUUUACCCAAUUCACUUGAGUAGAAUAACACAAUUCCACUUUUUAUGAACAUGGUACAAAGACGCCACUAAUAAAAACAACCUCUUUUUACCCUACACCAAAAGGUGGUCUUUUGAUAAUCUGCAUGAUUCAAUUUAUGCAUGUCCGUCCGUCCGUCUGUCCAUGUAUUUUUGUGAACAAAGUACAUGUCGCAUUUAUUACACGAUCCAGAUGUAAUUUUGCACAAAUCAUUUGUUUGGCCCAAGGUCGAAUUCUAUUGAAAUUGGAGAUAAUAGGUAAAAAUUUAGAUAUAGCUCCCAUAUAUAUCUUCGUUCGAUUUGCCUUUUAUUGUGCACCAAACGUGUAAUAUCAGCCCGAAUAGUAUGCACAUAUAACCAAAUUAGGCCCGAAAAUAAGUAUGCCAAAUUUUAUCGAAAUCGGUUCAGAUAUAGCUAUAGCUCUCAUAUAUAUUGUUCAUCCAAUUUGUUAUUUUUAUCCUCCGCAGCCGUAAUAUGCACUCUGUAACAACAGUAUUUGGGGAAAUAUAUCAAAUACAGCUCAUAAAUACCUUUGCUAAAUUUUAUCGGGAUCGGGUAAGAUUUAUAUAUAACUUCGUCCGAUUUACCUUUUAUUGUGGGGAAAUGGGAUGGAAUUUGGCACUUACGACCAAAUUGAGUCUAGAAGCUAGUAUGCCAAAUUUGGUGAAGAUCGGUUCAGAUAUAGCUAUAGCUCCCAUAUAUAUUGUUCAUCCGAUUUGUUAUUUUUGUUACCCACAGCAGUAAUAUGCACUCCGUAACAACGAUAUUCAGGGAAAUAUAUGAAACACAGCUCAGAAAUAUCUUUGCCAAAUUUUAUGAAGAUCGGUUCAGUUUUGGAUAUAGCUCCCAUAUAUAUCUUUAUCCGAAUUCAAGUUAAUUGCGCACCUAAUGGGCAAUAAAAUAUACAAAUGCUUCGGCAUAUUUAGACCUUUGAAAUUUAAAUUGUAAUUAUAAUCAUAGAUUGUAUGAUUUAAUUCUCCCAUAAAAACUUUUAAUUGUUAUGUGAAGCUCUACUAAAUAUGCAAAGUGGUGUAGAGUAUCAUAAAGUCGGCCCGGCAGUUCUAAGUAUAAAUAUUCUUGAAUCAAUCCGGUAGAUAAAGUGAAUUUUUGGUGUACUUGUAUAUAGAUCACCACCACCACUAUAAAAACCAAAGUCAGAGAAAUGGAAAUUUUGCGAAUUAGGUUUUUACUUACAAACAAGUAAAAAAGCUGUAAAUUCGACCGGGCUAAACUUUGAUUACCCUCCACGAUUUGAACGAAUUUGGCAAUUUUCAAAAAAAUAAAAUCCGUUAAAAUCUUAAAAAUACCGAAUGUAGCCGUUAUAUUAGGGCCUGUACGACGACGUUGACCUGCAUAGACAGCUUUUGUCAUAAGCCAUUACAAUAUUCAAAUGCGAAACUUAAAAAAAAUCGGUGAAUAUCAUCAAAAUACCGGUAAUAGGGAGGUACAAUUGUAUGGAGGGAUAUACCAAAACGUGGACCGUGGAUAGACAAUUUUUUAUCAUAGGCUGUAGUAUCCAUUACGAAUUACGAAAAUACCAAAUUUGAAGCAAAUCCGGUGAAUAAUGUCGCUAAAAUCUUUAAAAUACUGAAAAUAUGGAGUUACCAUUAUAUGGGGGCUAUACCAAAACGUGGACCUACAUGGCCCUUUUUCAAUACCAAAAGUCCAUAGUAUAGACAUAGUAUACAUUUGAGUAAAAUUUUAUCAACCUACUUCGUUCUUUUUGGAAGCUAGUGUGAUUUCACAGACGAACGGACAUCGCUAAAUCGAUAUAGAAUUUUAUGCUGAUCAAGAAAAGAUAUACUCUGUGGGGUCUAAAACGUAUUUUUCGAGGAUUUACAAACGAAAUUACAAACUUAAUAUACUCUCCAUACUAUGGUAGAGGGUAUAAAAAAUAACCUUUAUCUAGCCUUUAACAUAUUUACUUUAAUACCUAUAAAUAGACCAUGAAUUGUAUAUUGUGUUAAAAGCAAAUCCCAGUAAAUAUCAGAAAAGCCAAAUAAGGGUAAAUUUGUCUCUUGAAAUAUUAGCAAAUAAUUAGGAACUACUUGAACGACUUCGAUUUUGUAACAAUAGAUAUCGUGAUUUCAUGCAUUUUAUAUGGCCUAUAAUCAGACUGCAGAGUAUUACUACAGAUCCACAAUAAAGGGGUGAAUGAAAUAUAUGUAUAUGUCUUUUAAACAAUUUAAUUAAUCUUAUAAUUGGCAUUCCGAAAUUUACACGAAACUCUUUAAGGUAUUUUAUUCAAUAAUUCCCAGCUUUUGUAUAUUCUUUUUUUAAUUUUACUAAUCUUUUCCCUUAAAUGAAGUGCAAUAUUGAAUUUUAUUCCACUAAAUAUUCAGUUGAUAAAUAAUAUACAUUAAAAUUCGUUACAUCACAUCAAGGAGGUUUUCAAAUUAAUGUUACUCAAUAUUUUUUUAAAACACUUACACUGACCCCCUCAAACACGCAACCUCUCCUUCAAAAAGGAAAACAACAAACAACAAUAUUCAUCCAUAACAAUAGAUAACAUAAAUAUAUAUAUAUACAUAUAUUUUUUAAUUUAAUUAUUUUUCUAAAAUUUAUUAAUGAAAUUAUUUUUCGUUCUAAACGAAUCUAUCAUGCAUUUGCUUUACUCUCAAAUUGUUAAACAAUUCUUUAUACUAUUAUAACAGCAACUGUAUUAUCAUUACAAUUAUUGUUAUGUGUAUGAAUUAAUUAUUACUAUUAUAAUUAUUAUUAUUAUAAUUAAUAUUCAAAGAAACAAACAAAAAAAGAGAACGAGAUAUAUAUAAAUUACAUGUAUAUCCAAUUUAUAUAUAUAUACAUAGAUAUAUAAAUAAUUAAAUAAAUAUUAACAAUAUAUGUGUAUUUUUGGUAGUUUAUUGUGUUCCUUAUUAACAUGUAACAGCAAACAUACAAACAAACAAAAAAUCGAAAAAAAAAAUACAAAAUCCAAAACUUAAAGCAAAACUAAUCUAUUAUUUUUUCUACUCUCCUGUAUAGUGUUGUAUUAUAUACUAAGUUUAUUAUAAAUAUAUUUGUACCUAAAGACUUUUUAAGUUGACUUUACAAAAAACAAACAAAGAAAAAUCGGUCAUAAUUGUGUUUUGUUUCUUUUAACAAAAAUAAAAAAUGCGCAUUUAUAAUUGUUAAUAUAUAUAUAAAAAAACAAAUUGAUACGGAACAAAUAUGAAAACAAUAUAUUUUAUUUUACAUACAAUUUGGCCAACAUUUUCGCAUCACAAUUUCAAUGUAAAUUAUUUGUUUGAUGGCGAUGGUUUUCAAAGAUUCGUAUUAAAAGCCAUUUAUAUUCCAUAUCUCAAGCUGCAAUGACAAUUAAAAUUUCUAUUUUUCUCUCCAUCAGGAUGUGAGAAAACAAAUCAAUAUCUUAUUAAAGUUAUCACCUUCCCAGUGACUGAUAAUGUAUUUUAUCACAAAGUGUUUAUCUGAUUUAUUUGCCUAACCUAUGAAAACUUUAAAAAAUUGAUUUUCAAUUGUACACAAUUUACUGUUGACUUUAUGACUCCGAUUUUGGUUAAUGACGUAGGCACUGACGACAUUAGUGUAUGUCUAAGAAGUGAAGGGGAUAUAUGAGCAUUAUUUUUUUUUCGCUCUGCUGCUUGUUGAGGUAAAAACAACGGAUUGGUAUCCGGAGAUUUAGUGGCCAUUGAGAAGCGCUGGAAAUUAAGCGAGGAACCUCAUUUUGUAACCAUGCUGAGUGCGAUGGUACUGAGUCCUGUUGGAAUGUUAAAGGUCUGCGGCCAAAAUGUUUGCUUGCCCGAGGCUUUAAUAUUCGGCAUUUAUUCUGAUGCCACGGUCGAUUAAUACGAGCGGAGAGCGACCAUCGGUGGUCAACCGAAGGUGCACAUUUUCAGCUGACCUCUUUGGCAAGUAAACGCGAUCAUUGUGUUUGUUUACAAACUUCUGGACAACGAAUAUUUUCUCAUCGGAGAAAACCAAAUUCCGCAGUUCACCACUUUCGGCCAAGCGAAGCAACUCUUUAGCUCUUUUGAGUCUAUUUUCUUUCUGUUGCGGUGUAAGUUCUUGCAUUUUUCAGAAUUUCAAUGGAUUUACCCCCGCUCAUUUUUCAAUAUUUGCCAAAUGGAAUAUUGGACACAUGGCCAAAAUUUUCACGCAGAUGGUUUUCAAAGAUUCGUAUUAAAAUAAAAAAUUAGCCGAACAAUUAACACUGUUUCGUAACCAAGGCCAUUAUAAAGUCAGAUCAGGGCGUGUUUUAUAUUUGAAUAAGUUUUGGGACCCAGAAUUGAGGAUUUAUCUCUAACUUGUUUUCAAUGGCACUAAUGACCUCAUAUAUAUACACUAGCUAUACCAUUUAGUUGUGAUCCAGAGUCGACAAUUUUUUACUUGAACACCAUUUCCGUACCCGAAACGCUAGCAAAACUUGCAGACAAGAUAAAGAGAGCACCUACAAAUGCUUAAAUUUGGCGGAGGAAAGUUUUUUGUUCGCCCAGAAUUGCUUGCAUUUUAGGGACACGUUAGGCCAGUAUAUAUCAAAGAAUAGGUAUAUACCGGCUUGAGUAGCCUAAUUCAGUGAUUAUAGUGGUUUUGUUAAAAUAAGCUGAGGAAAGAUAAAAUUGAGAUGGUAGAGCAAAUAGGGAAGGUUCAGUUGAAGAGUCCCUUAUUUUCAAUGUUAGAUAAUAAUAAUAGAUUCUUUCUGUGUGAUCAGUUAAAGAAUUGUCGAUGGCUCUGCAUCAAGAUAUGGGUUGAGAUUUGUCAAAAUCUUCUGUUAACCUUUAUCUGUUGAGGUGAAAUUUUGUGACGUAUUUUAUGACGUGGUGGUAAUGUUAGAUUAUUUUGAAAUGAAUUUCAACAAAAUGUGAAGAGAGAGAAAAAUUUAACACCACCUUGUUAGUUAAAGGUUAAAUAUCAUAGGACCGUUGCACAGCAGUACACCCAUACAGCAAAACAGUCUUGAUGCUACUGUUGAAUAUUUCUAAUUUUAUUUUAUUGGAUAUGAUAUUUAAUCUCCAAAUUUUAUAUCAUUUCAUGAAAACUUAUCGCGCCUUACUGAUACUAUCUUUUAUAUCUUCCACAGAACCACUAUGUCUAGAUAUUGUGCAUCCAAGAUAAUGACAUUGCAUCUUCAAUAGUUUUUCCAUUGAUUAUUGGCCUUGAGAUUUCUGAACAGAUACGCAUUAGUUUAUUGUUUGUGAAGUUUAUUUGUAAUCCGAACUUAUUAGGAUUUUCGGAUAGUUUCAUAAGUUUUGCCUCCAUAGCGGAGAAGUUUCGUGUCAAUAGACAGAUUUCAUCAGCGGAAUUAAUAUCACCUAAAAAAAAAGUUCCACUGCGUCAUCAUCAGGGAGUUGUGACUUUGUUUCUUCCAUUACCCAGUCCAAGAGUAUGAUGAAUAGCGUGGAUGAUAGUACAAUUCCUUGUCUGAAUCCCACUGAGGUAUUAAAGGAUUUGUUAUCCUUACCAUUAAAGCUCCACUGAGCACUUCUGGUAUUAGGACGACUAUUUUAUUUGUUACGAGAAACAAUGUCGAUCGAGCAUUCGAAAGCAAUAAAGGGGGAGUUAUACAAUCGCCUUAACAUUAUCAAAGAAUGUAGGAUACAUCCGUUUUUUCCACCGCUUGUGCAAAUCCAUUUUAUGGGAUUUUGUCUACAACAUUGAUAAAGCCUUCGUAGGGUCUUUAACAAAUAGAAAGAAAGUCUAAUUGGUCUGUUGUCUUUUGAAUGCAACCGGCUUGGUCCGUCUAGAGGCGCAAAGUGUCAAAGAUAUAGACAUGAUUUACAAAAUAUUUCCAAGGAAUAGUGACAGAUAAUGUGAUAUAACUGGAAUAUUUGUUUUUUUUUUUUUUGGAAUAAGUUAAUGUUUCGUGAUCUUUCACUUCUUUUGAUUGACUCCUUGCAAAAAAUAUAUCAACUUUCGUACAGUCCCAAUUUAAGAUUUAUGAAUUUGCAUGAGUGCUAGGUCAGUUGCGAAAAUGGACAACAUCGGUUCACUCCAUGGAAUAAUUAUAACUCUUAUAAAAUGUAAUGUAAGUGUCCAAUUGUCUUCAAAUUACACACAUCACAAUAUCUUUAUUAACCCAAGGUCUGGCGUGAAGAUGGAACAUAUCGGUCUACUUUUCUGGUACUUUUCUAAAUGGUUAAAAUUUUGAAGCUCAUAAAACGAUCUGUUGUAAAGAUGGUACAUAUCGGACCAUUCCUUCUGGCACUACACCCACAAGGUUCAACAAUUUGAAUAACCAAUAAAUCUCUUAACCAGAAAUCUAAUAUAAAUAUGUAAUUUAUCGAAAUUUAUUGAUUUAGCAUAAUAUUGGAUAUAAAUGCUUGAUUACCUUCAAAUUUUGCACAUACCAAUAUUUUUAUCUCUAUUAGAUGAAGUAUGAAAAUGGAAUACAUCGGUCCGCUAUAAAAAUAGUGUAUAUUUCCGUGACCAUAAAAAAGUAUAUCAGGUUUAUAACGGAGCUAUAUACCCUUCUUUUGUCCCGAAUUCUCUUAAAGAAUGUAAUCCAAUUCAUCAAAGUGUAAAUAUUGGCCUGUAGUGGAAUUCUGUAACUUUUCGUCGUCCCCGGCAGAGGUAAUUGAAAUGCUUUGUGUUUGAAUUGAAUUGAAAGUUCAUCGGCAAAUUCUUUUUCUUUUCCUUAAUUACGAAAAAAAUAAAUUAUUAACAAAAUUGUAAGAAAAUAAAAAUUUGCAAAACAAAUCAUUUUCAUUUUUCAAUUAUUUGCGGCAAUUCUGUCGUUUACUAGUUACAGGAUGGCACUACAUUACUGUGUUUAAUAAAAUGUAUAUUAUGUUCUAAUAUCAUAUACGUUUUUUUAAUCUAAUAAUAAACUAUAUACAUUUAGCCUCACUUUUAGCGUCUUCAGUUAGAUCUAAACGAAUUUUAAAAUGUAUUUUAAGGAUUAAUUGGAGAUGUUUGAAAUAGAGGCAAGUAGCAUAUGAAGAUAACAAAAGACGCUGUUGCUGCUGCUGAAGUUGCUUCAGCCAAUAACAAAAAGAAAGCAAACACAUAAAAAAUGACAAAAUCAAAAUAUUUGUAACAAAAAAAUGCGAGAAGAAACUAAAAUGAGAAAUGAAGAGAAUGGUGUGUACCAAAAAAAAAAAAAAAAACUAUUCAAAAGGAACAAACAAAAAAAAAAAGAACGUACAUUUUAAAGCAAUUUCUUCUAAUGUAAAACGAAACAAAAAAAAACCACUAUUAUAAUAUUAAAAAGGCGACAAACAUACAUAUAUAUAUUAAAGAUUUUACUUAAUCUUCAUUGAUUCUAUAAAUAUUAUGAAAUAUACAUACAAAUUAAACAAAAAAAUCACAAAAAUUAAAAAAGUAAUUAAAAAACAAAAACAUUAUAUUGAAUACCACAAAUCAACACACACAAAUAAUGAAAGAGGGAAACCAGAUAUAUAUGAAGAAAAUAUAUUUGAAAUUGUGGUUAUGUUAUCAUUGCACGCUGUUUUUUAGAUAUGACAUGAAACAAAACAAACAAAUAUGCCUUAUAACAAAACAAAAAAGAUGAAUAAAAUUUUCAAUUUUACAAUAUAUAUGUAUAUGGUGUGUUGUUAAGAAAUUAUUUAAUUUUAUUUUUUUUUUAAUUAUUUAUAACGGUAAAUACAUAUGUAACUUUUUAGAGAAAUUUUUAAUGUUAAUUUUUCUGUAAAGCUUUUCUGGGUAAGAGACCAAUGAAAGGGACAACCGACACUGGGUCAUUGGUCGGCUUUUGUUGGUGAUGUACCCCUAUUUUUUUGUAGUUAAAACAAAAAUGUGAAUGUUUUACAAGGAUUUUUGCAAAUUAUGGCCAUUUUUGUUAAUAACCAGGCCACAACAAAUGUUUCUUGCAUUUAAUACACAGAAGUCGUUAUAAAACCUUCGCUUUUUGUUAUAUUAAAAAAGUCUAUAUAAGGGUUCAAUGUUGUGUCAUAUAGUACAUUAGUUUAGCUAUAAUUUUAUUCUAAGUCAAUAUUCUUUAAUAAGCUAAUAAUAACGACAACAAAACUAUUCUAACUCUAUAAGUCUUUAAUUAAUUAAUGAAAAUCAACAACAAAGGAAUAGAAAAUGAAAAGAGAGAAAGGAUGUUAAGAGUAAAAUUAAAAGAAAAACACGCUCUAGUUUUUAAAGCACGUACUUAUAAUAUCCAUAUAUACAUACAUAUAUAUUUGCAAAAGAAAAUAUAAGCAAAACAAAACAAAAAAAAAAACAAACAUUUAAGAAGAAAAUCUUAAAAGUCUCUAAAAAGUUGAUAAAGUUCUAAUAAAAACAAACUGUAGUUGAAAAUAACAACUCGAAUUUUCAUUAUUUAAAUCAUAAUACACACAGACUCACACACACACAUACACAGAAACAGGCAACAAAAACAAUUUAAACAAACGAAAACUUUUUCCAAUCAAAUUAGUGCGCUAAGAGAAAAAAACUUUAAUAACAAUUUUAUGAAUGAAUUAUUAUUAAACAAGAACAACAACAACAAAACACAUGAAAGAGAAUUGCAACAAAAUACUUUCAGCAAAACUAAUUUCCACUUUCAAUAACGCAAAAUGCUUUAAAAUCAAAUUAUAUUGAACGAAAGAAGUUUAUGAGAAAUAUAUAUAGUUAUAUAUAAAAUACAAACAACAACCAUCCCUCUCUUUAUAUAAAUAUAUUAAUUAUAUGAAUGUUUAAAUAACACAUAUGAAAAAAAAAACGAGCGAAAAUAAAAUUAUAUUUAAACGGUGAUGAGAUCUUCGCCAACGAUAUAAACAAAUUAUGAAAUAAAAAAACCUUUCUUUUUUUCUUAUGAAUGCGAAAAAUGUUACCUUUUUCCUUUCUAAUUAAGAGAAAACAAAUACGUUUGUAUGCAACUUUUGUUAAUAACAUAUUUGUUAGUGUAUGGCAACAGGUCUACUUUUCCUGUAGGAAUUGAUUUGUUAGAAAAAAAGAUAAUCAAAUGGAACCCGAAAAAAAAUUAAAUGAGCCAAAAAAAAUGAUGCUUGCAAUCAUGGUACAAUAACAGAAGGUAGAGCAAAGUUAUCCCCAAAUACAAUUUUUAUUUUGAUGUCUUUAUUCUGUCCUUAUUCUGAAUAAAAAUUUCAAUUAUUUCAAAUUCAGUUGCAUACUAUCGAUUUUAAUGGGCAAAACAUUCUACAAUAUUGGGAUAAACUGUAUUGUCCUACUAUUUUAGAUUCAAUCUAGUGGAAUGACCCCGAAAUUCCAUUCUUUUUUAGCGGGCUUCCCCAAUAUAAAUAUUUAAAAGUCUAUUUGACAGAAUAAGACUCCAUCACAGAAUUGCAUUUUUCUUGUUUCUUUGGAGCAACCUUUCUUAUUAAGCCAUGCUUGCAAUUUUCAAAAUAAAGAUGUUUUAAAAUUGCUUGCCCAAAUAUAAAUUACCGGGACGAGAAGAAGAAGAGUUGUAAAUGAUUGCAAGAAGAAAUCUUUCCAAAAAGGAUUUUUAAACUCUUAAACACUGUCAAAAGUGUUCUCUCGAUUCGCUCUUUUUGGAAAACUUUUGUCUUAACAGACGACUUCCAGCAACAAUUUGCAUCAAUUGUUACGGAUUUUAGGGACACACCUAAUAUUUUAACAAUUGACACCACGAAACCAUGGAUCGAACAUCAGUUUUCUUUUUCAAAUACUUAUAUUCUACAAAUACUUAUAUUCAACUGAAUUUAAUACAUAAAUAAACGUACACGAAUCAAGUAUAGAAAAUAAAUAGAUUUUUUUUCAAGUAAUUUUACAGGGAAUUCCUAAUAAGAGGUGUCAUAUGAUUUUGUUUGACUUCGGGUCUAAUGUGAUCAUUCUCCAUAGGAAUGUGAUAAAAAGGAAACAACGGAAUAUGCAACAGAUGUUGUUAAAGUAAUUCCGAGGUCAUCAUUUUUAUAUCAUGGCAGUUAAGUCCUUUGGGAGAAAUGUUUACAUAUUAAUUUCCUUUUUAAAUCUUUUAUAUAUUUGAGUGAAUAAGUUUUCAUAUCUCAAACACUACAUACUACUUUUAUAGGGGUUGUCAGUACAAUUACCCUAUAUUUUUCAUGUUUUAUUUUUAUACCCUCAGCCACAUGGCUACAGAGGGUAUACAGGUUGAGAUAAAAAAACUGCAACAAAAUUAAACGCCAUACUUUUUAAAUUUUAUUGAAUGAAAGCCAUAAUGUCGGAAUUAGCAUCAAAUUUUUGGAAAACUUUUGUCUUAACAGACGACUUCCAGCAACAAUUUGCAUCAAUUGUUACGGAUUUUAGGGACACACCUAAUAUUUUAACAAUUAACACCACGAAACCAUGGAUCGAACAUCAGUUUUCUUUUUCAAAUACUUAUAUUCAACUGAAUUUAAUACAUAAAUAAACGUACACGAAUCAAGUAUAGUAAAAUAAAUAGAUUUUUUUAAGUAAUUUUACAGGUAAUUCCUAAUAAGAGGUGUCAUAUGAUUUUGUUUGACUUCGGGUCUAAUGUGAUCAUUCUCCAUAGGAAUGUGAUAAAAAGGAAACAACGGAAUAUGCAACAGAUGUUGUUAAAGUAAUUCCGAGGUCAUCAUUUUUAUAUCAUGGCAGUUAAGUCCUUUGGGAGAAAUUUUUACAUAUUAAUUUCCUUUUUAAAUCUUUUAUAUAUUUUAGUGAAUAAGUUUUCAUAUCUCAAACACUACAUACUACUUUUAUAGGGGUUGUCAAUACAAUUACCCUAUAUUUUUCAUGUUUUAUUUUUAUACCCUCAGCCACAUGGCUACAGAGGGUAUAUAGGUUGAGAUAAAAAAACUGCAACAAAAUUAAACGCCAUACUUUUUAAAUUUUAUUGAAUGAAAGCAAAAAUGUCGGAAUUAGCAUCAAAUUUUAGAAUAAGUUUAGAUUCGUUCGAAUUGGUCACCUUUGACACAAAAUAUGUUUUUCAACCGCCAAUGAAACCGUCACACGCUACCUGAAUGUUGCUCUGCGGCCCAUUCCCGGCGAAGCGCUUGCUUGAGCUGAUCGACACUUUGAUAUUUUUUAUUGCCAAUCUUGCUUUCCAAAAUACUCCAGACGCAAUAGUCCAACCGAUUGGUAUCCGGAAAUUUUGGUGGCGAGGUGGAAGCGAGGAACCUCAUUUUGUAACCAUUCUUGGGUGGCGCGUGCUGAGUCCUGUUGGAAUGUCCAAGGUCUUCGGCCAAAAUGUUUGCGUGUCCAAGGCUUUAAUACACCCUGCAGAAUAUUUUCGUGAUAAUAUUUGGCAUUUAUUCUGAUACCACAGACGAUUAAUACGAACGGAGAGCGACCAUCGGCUGUUAUGGCGGCCCACACCAUCACCAUGAUCGGCACUUGAGUUCUGGUGGCCAACCGAAGGUGCACAAUUUCAGCUGACCUCUUUGGUCACUGCUGGACAACGAAUGUUUUCUAAUCGGAGAAAACCAAACUCUUUAGCUCUUUUGAGUCUAUUUGCUUGUGGUUUUCCAGCCAAAUAUAAAGAAAUCGCUCUAUGACGCUUGAAUUCCAUCACGAAUAAUUUUUUUUCUGGAAUAUUCUCACAAAAAUGCUUUUGUACGCUUGUAAACAAUAUAAUGAGCUGUCACUGGAAUAAUUUUAACAGCUGUCGGACGCGUGGCUUUGAAAUGACUGCAAACCGAUGUUGGUUGCAGUUUUUUCAUCUCACCCUGUAUAUGUUUCAUCCGAUUUGGUGUUCAAGUCCCUCACAUUCGUUAUAUGCAUUUGACAACAACGGUAUUUGGUACCAGAUAUCUUAUAGAGCUCGGAAAUACAUUUGUCAAAUUUUAUCGAGAUCGGCUAAGGUUUAUUGUGCAAAUAAUGGUUAAUAUCAGCCCAAAUGGAGUAAAUUUUGAGACGUACUUUUCUACUUGGCGGAACUCGGCUCCGAUAUAUAUCUAUAGCAAUGUUAUUUGGUAUAAAAGAUAAAAAUACUUCCGUCAAACUUAGUGAAAAUCGAUUCAGAAUUAUAUUGUAUUUUUAGUUAUAUACACCUUCAUUAAAGAUUUUGAAAUAUCUUGUCCGGAUUCUUUCAACCAACAUAGGUUAGGUUAAAGGAUGCGCGUUUGUAUAAAUAACCACUCCACUCGGAGACCUUUUGGUCCAUUGUGUUCAUCUUAAUUUAAGAAGAUAGGAGAAUAGAAUACAGUGAAGAAAAGGAAAUGAAUUACGGAUAGUGAAGAAGUGAGAAUCUGAAUAAAGAGUAUAGAAGUUGGUAGGUUUGCAUCCACGGUGUAUCAACGUGUCGUCCUUAGUCACUUUAGUCUUCUGGCUAACUGAAGAAUGACUGCUGGCUCGAUGUCGAAGAGGGAGGACAAGUUUGGCUGAAUUUGCUUACCCAGUAGCCUCUGUCUCAAUCCUAUAAGAGUUGGGCAGUGGCAGAGUAAGUGCUCCAUCGUCUCAAUUUCUUCCUCGUCCUGACAAAUCCUACAGUAUUCAGUGUCUUUAGAGCCUUAAGCUAUACCGUCUCUGUUAGGUAUAUGGAUAUCAAGUUAUAGUCUGAUUUACUAUGCUUCCCACAUACUUGAGAAUGACGGAGUGUCCAAAGGGCUGAGUCGCAGGGCAAACGUAGCAGCUUUUUCCUCUAUAAAUAAACCUAACGGUGAGUAGGAUGUCUGGUGCGGAUUGGGUGUGCUCCUAAACGCGCCUGUAGUUAGAAGCGAUGCAACUCUUUGGACGUUAUCAAUGCUUUUACUGAGGGUGGUUUUCCCUAAGGAGUGCCACCAAACAAGCUCCCCAUAGGUUAGAAUUGGUCGGAGUUUUUGCAGGAAUAAAGUGCAUUUAAGCCCUUCUUUGCUCGCUCCUCUUCCAGCAUAGUUUCUGGUCUAGGAUGGUACCGAGCUUUUUGGCUACCGAAGAAAGACUUAGCAUAACACCAUCAAGUAUUGGUAGCGAAAAGUUUGGCAUUUUCCGCUUCCCUGUGAAGAGUACGAAUUCAGUUUUUGAUGGGUUUACGCCAAGUCCAUUGUAGCGCUCAUUGCAUAAGAUCUGAAACAGUUUGAGGGAAUUUCCCAGCAAUCAACAUCGUCGUAAGCCACGACCUUUGUCCCGCCGUGUUCCAGUUCGAUUAGAAUUUCAUUUAUCACCAAAAGCCAGAAUAUUUUCUUUACAUAUUGUCUCGAUUAAAAGACGUGUCCCAUCAGAGUCUUAUUUGAAUGAAAGUAAUGGAGGAUUUUGUCCACAAAUACAUUCUUAGUGUACACCAAACCCAGAUUCUAAACGGACACUUCAAUGUCGACGGGCUUAUCCAAUAACAUUUUUUUGUGGAACAAGGAGUUAAUUUAAAUUACAGAGAGGGGGUUCGGUAGACUCUUUUGGGAUUUUCAAUUGUUACACGUCAAACCAUUAAAGUGCAACAAAAUAUUUCCAAAAAAAAAUAUAAUAUCCAUUUAAAAACUUGAUACGGAUCUGCAUUCUUUGGUAUACUUUCUUUUUAAAAAAAUAUAGAAGAAUUACAAUUUAAUUUUGUUUAUUUCUCUAAUAAAUCGUAAACAUAUGAUAUUCGCCUUAACAAAGUAAAACUCCAACAUUAUCAAAGUUGCAUACAAACUUCUCUAAUUCAUUACAGCAACAUUUUUGAAAAUUUCAACCUUUAAUCAUUGAUGGAAACCCUUGUUUUAUAACACUCUAAUAUAAUUAUACAAGAAAAAACAACAAUUUCAAAAUACUAUUUCAUAAACAUAAACAACUGCAAAAAUUACAAAACAUUCAUUCAAAUAAAACAUAACAACAAAUGAACCUAACUAAGCUACAUUUCUACUUUAACAACAAAAGAAAAGAUCACAAAAAACGGAAGAAAGAAGAAGAAAAUAUAUUACAAAAAUAACAACUAUACUAAAUGAAAAUCUAAAUAAAUAAUAUUGCUAUUGUGGAA